AAGUCAUUUUCAGAGUCAAGUAAGUUUGUGCCAUUGUCCGGCGUGAUGGCCUCGUCGGAGACUUGCUGCGAGGGUAGUGACGGGGCUACUCGUCUCCAUCCGGUACUGCUGAAUGACUUCGGCGACUUCUCGGACGAGCUGACCGAGCCUCUGGAGGAGCGACGCGUUGUGUGCCGACGCUGCAUUCGACCUCAGACCGUCUGUAUCUGUGCACACUUGCCAGAGAAGCGGCACCGUUGCGACACCAAGGUACUCGUCUUGCAGCAUCCGCGCGAGGAGAUUCGUGGCCUUCGCACGGUGCCGAUCUUGGAGGCGUGUCUGGCUGAGGGCUGUGUCAAGGUCGUACGCUCCAAGAGAUUUCCAGUCGGCCGAUUCGAGGCAGUGGACUUGGCUCUACAGCAACCUGAUACCCUUGUUCUCUAUCCUGCUAAGCAAGCAAUAGACAUCUCGCUAGCCGCAGCACCCACCUCACCCCCACGCACUCUCAUUGUCCUGGAUGGAACAUGGAAACAAGCAAAGGGUCUCUACGUGCAGAACGAAAGACUCCGCAACAUCCCAGCGGUGUCGCUAUCAUCCACCCAGACGAGUGCGUACAUCAUACGUACACAGCCCACCGACACUGCACUCUCCACACUAGAGUCCGCUGCUCUGGCUCUGUCCAUACUGGAAAACAAACCACAGCUGUUUGAGGAUCUGGUACGUCCACUGCGCGCUCUGUGUAACAUACAGUUAGAACACGGUGCACAGAUACAUCACAGCAAGGAAGCACUGGCCAGGAUGAGAGAGGAGCAAGAACAGCAGCAGCAGCUUCAGGAACAACAGCAGGCAAGCAAUGGCGCCACUCCACACAGCAGCAACAGCAGUAGUAGCAGCUAUGAUGUCGGUGGUGACGGUGAUAGUGACGAAGCCAGCACCAAUAGUGAUGACAACCGUUGACCACCCUUUCCCGUCGUACGUGCGUGUGAGUUUAAUGGCACGACAAUCGUGAGCAGUUCAGUAGAGUGCUCUCUCCUACUUGCUUCUCCUGCCCUGGCUACCCAGCCAACAUCUAUUUGUGCGUAGACUGUCGACGAAGGAUGGCUAACGAGGAAACUAACGCUAUGCCACACCAUGCUCUGUUGUUAGUCAUUCACUCGUAUCCGAGUUGCAUGGCAGCCUGAAUCGCUUCGCCGUGUGUUUGCGGUUGCGUGUGGCGUGUGGCGACGAAUAAAUACGCCUGCUUUCACCAGCACCCACCCACCAACCUACCGACAACCAGACAUCGCUUCCAGUAGUAGUGAUAACCGUAGACGUCCUUAUUGCUGUAACUGAGCAGUAUGUGAGUGUGCUCACACCUGCAGAACGGUGUGGCUCUGCUCCCGCCCAGCUUGAAAAUGACCGAGAAAAAUCUGAAUCAGAGAUGAUCGCCACGUUCUCGAGGAUGUGUUCGUAAGGAGCUGCCUUUGCGUAGUUCAUGUGUAGUUCGUGAUGACGUAAUGUGUGUUCCAGCGUGUGGUGAUGGUGAUGUCAUCGUUGGUGUUGCCACAGUCUUGCCAUGACAGCGUCGCAACACCAGCACCCUGUAGUGUCACUUAUUGAAUGAUGACAUCAUCGCAAUCUCUCCACGAUGUCACAACAGUGCUACCGUGAUGUCAUCAGUUCCACCAAUGACAGCGUCGCUGAUGCAGGUGCCUAGUGUCAUUCAUGGCUUUCCAGCAGCUUCUCAGCUCUGCAGAUAUGCCCAGAUGGCAGCAGUUGAUGGCAAGUUACUCCUCACAUCAACUGAUGUGAACAGUGGGAACGCACGUUUAUCGAGUAAUGAUGUGAUGGGAAUCUCGAUGCUCUUGUGCUGUGUGUACGUGGCCUCACACGCAUGCACACACACACACACACACACACACACACACACACACACACACACACACACACACACACACACACACACACACACACACACACACAGUCAUGUAUUGUACAUAAGCUACAAGCUACCUGCGCUGUGCUAGUGCUAGUACUUGGCUGUGUGAUGCCAGCGGACAUCACCAGUACUCUGCUGCAUUGUACUGCAGGCACCAUAUUGUCAUGAGCACCGUGCUGACCCCGGGGCACAUGUACUGCAGGCACCAUAUUGUCAUGAGCACCGUGCUGACCCCGGGGCACAUGUACUGCAGGCACCAUAUUGUCAUGAGCACCGUGCUGACCCCGGGGCACAUGUACUGCAGGCACCAUAUUGUCAUGAGCACCGUGCUGACCCCCGGGGCACAUGUACUGUUACUACCGUGAUGAGAGUGUGCAAGCAAGGUUCUCUUAGACCGUCUUUGACCGCCUUAGACCGCCUUAGACUAGGCGAGCAAACACUAGUUCUAGUGCUAGUAUCCGGACGGUCAUAGCCGGCUAGCCGAUCCUGGACUGGUCUAUCUUGUCAUGACACGAUGGCUUUGUGGAUACUGCCGGUUUUGUUCACUCCCAGCUAGGACCUUUUUUAUUUUAUUUUUUAAGCGUGCACAUCUGGAACAGGCGGUGUAUUUUCCAAUCCGGAAGCCCAUCAUCUCCUCUCUCAACGCCUAGUCUAUUUAUUCUUCAUACAUGUACUACUGCUUCUUGUUCAUUCCCUGCUAUGCUGGGUUUUCACAGAAUAACUGUGAGUAGUAGAGUAACCUCUUCUUACCAGUAACCUAGAAUAGUAUUAAUGGUACCGGUAGUUAUUAGUUUAUUGCACAUAACUCCCCCCCCCCCCCCCCCCCUCCCCCAUCUCUCUCCCUAAUGUGUAAUACCGGUAUCUGGUCCAGGUCACCAUGGUUACCUGGUUCUCUCUCCACUAACGUUACACUAGUACAAGAGUCGUGGACUUGUAUUUUUAUAUUAUUUCUUUUAGGAUUUCAAAUUUAAAUGCUGUCCUGUAGAGCACACUAGUAUUAUUUAUUUUAUCAUUCGUGGCGUUCCACACUAAUAACGGCUUAAAAUCGGCUUCCGACAUACGGUAAUGUUAUCAACCGGCUUUUGGAGAUCACACUUGGUUCUCCGAACUACACUUAUAAAACCUGGUGUAAGCGACCUCUGGGUUUAGCGACCACCUGCUCUUAA